UAACAAAUAUUGAGCAACAUCCGGGAUAGUUGAAUCUAGGCCAGUGCACUUGCGCUCUAUGUGUCAUAACACGGGCAGGGAUAGGAGAGGGAAGAAGUUAAGCUCACAACGCAUAUAUUGUUUGUAAAUGAGUGUUGUGACAUGAAUAACAUACGAGGACUUCAGGAGGAGAUCUCCGGAAGCCAUUCAAAUACUAAGCUUCUACGGACAAAGGUUGUAUCUGGUAUCAAUUUAGCCAAGAAAGACAUUUUUGGUGCAAGUGAUCCUUAUGUACGUGUGAUCCUUACCAAAGAGAGUGGAACAGAACUAGAUUCCAUACAGACAAAGACUAUCAAAAAGACACUGAACCCAAAAUGGUAUGAAGAGUUUGUGUUCAGAGUAAACCCUAGGGAAAACAAGCUGUUGUUUGAGGUAUAUGAUGAGAAUAGAGUGACACGAGAUGAUUUCCUGGGUGUGGUUGAGAUCCCACUGCAGCAUGUUCACAUUCCAACAGAAGGACGUGAACUUGUGCAACCCAAAGAUUACAUUCUCAGACCUAGGAGUACCCGUUCGCGUGUGCGUGGUCAUCUCAGGCUGUACCUAGCAUAUGUUCGUGAGGAUGAGGAAGAGGAUGAAGAAGAACCAGCCCGUAAUGAGCCUGAUUGGGAGAUGGUAGACAAUGAAUCUGUAGAGCUGGAAGAAGGGGCUGUUGGGGGUGUUGAAACUGAAGCUCUUCCCCCUGGCUGGGAAGAGAGACAGGAUAACUAUGGAAGGACAUUUUAUGUCAACCAUGUUACCAGAACAACACAGUGGGAAAGACCAUCUCUGUCCAGAGGCAAUGCCCUUCCACCAGGUUGGGAGGAACGUGUGGAUGCAAAUGGGCGGGUGUAUUAUGUCAGUCAUGCCACAAGAGUUACCCAGUGGGAGCGGCCAACUAUGCCUGCCACAUCUGAGGAAGGCAAUGCUAGAUUACGACAGCAAGAAGAAGCAGCACGCUGGGCUGGAAUGCGUCGCCACAUUAGCCAAGAAGAUACCAUAAGCCACACCAGUGAAGAUGAUGUGAUAGAAAGAAGAAUAAGUAGAAGUGUAAGUGCUCAAGGCAGCCCUGAUAAUGAUGAUGAUGACGAGCCAUUGCCUGCUGGUUGGGCUAAGGCUGUGGCAGCCAAUGGGAGAGUGUUUUACAUUGAUCACAACAACAGAACUACAUCGUGGGAUGAUCCAAGGAGGUCAUCAAACAAUAGAGCAAGUUUGAGAAGCCGAGCACCCGCUGCCCCAGAGAGGAGUUCAUCAAGUACUGAUCUGCUGCAUGACUUGGGCCCACUACCUCCUGGCUGGGAAGAAAGAAUUCAUGCUGAUGGAAGAGUGUUUUAUAUUGACCACAAUAAUAAGGUGACCCAGUGGGAAGACCCCAGGCUGUCUAGGUUGGGAGGUCCUGCAGUUCCCUACUCCAGAGACUACAAACAGAAAUAUGACUACUUUAGGUCGAAAUUACGCAAACCAGAAAAUGUGCCUAACAAAUUAGACAUCAAAGUCUCAAGGAAAUCUAUUUUAGAAGAUUCUUACAGAGUUGUGAUGGGUAUCAAGAGAACAGAUUUACUGAAGACAAGGUUAUGGAUUGAAUUUGAAGGAGAGGUUGGUUUGGACUAUGGUGGUGUGGCCAGGGAGUGGUUCUUCUUGUUAUCGAAAGAGAUGUUUAAUCCUUACUAUGGUCUUUUUGAAUAUUCAGCAGCAGACAAUUAUACACUCCAGAUUAAUCCUCUCUCAGGACUUGCCAAUGAAGAACAUCUCUCUUAUUUUAAAUUUAUUGGAAGAAUAGCUGGAAUGGCUGUGUUCCAUGGCAAAUUGCUAGAUGCAUUUUUCAUUCGACCUUUUUACAAGAUGAUGUUAGGAAGAGCAAUCACAUUGCAUGACAUGGAAUCAGUUGAUUCUGAAUAUUAUAAUUCCUUGAAGUGGAUUUUAGAAAAUGAUCCAAUUGACCUUGAAUUGACCUUCAUGGUGGAUGAAGAACAGUUUGGAGAGAAAAUCGAGAGGGAAUUAAGACCAGGUGGAAAAGACCUCCAAGUCAAUGACGACAAUAAAAAAGAAUAUAUAGACCUUGUUAUUAAAUGGAGAUUUGUUUCAAGAGUGAGAAAACAAAUGAAUUCAUUUAUGGAGGGAUUUAAUGAACUUGUUCCACAGAAUCUUCUAGCAAUUUUUGAUGAGAACGAAGUGGAGUUGUUGAUGUGUGGUCUACAGGAUGUGGAUGUCAAUGAUUGGAAAGCCAACACCAACUACAGAGGGGAGUACAACUCCAACCACCCUGUGAUUGUUAACUUUUGGAAGGCUAUUUACUCCUUCAACAAUGAAAUGAGAUCCAGACUGCUACAGUUUGUGACUGGAACAUCCAGAGUGCCUAUGAAUGGCUUCAAGGAGCUGUAUGGAAGCAAUGGACCUCAACUUUUUACAAUAGAGAAAUGGGGUGCUUCAAAACAAUUGCCAAGGGCACAUACCUGUUUCAACCGACUAGAUUUGCCACCAUACGAAAGUUAUGAGGAGCUUCGUAAGAAACUUGUUGUUGCAGUAGAAAAUGCAGCUGGAUUUGAAGGAGUUGAUUAGAGUGAGAGGUGAUCUGUAUGAUGCUGUAAGUCACUGUACAGAAUAAAUCAAAAUAUAAAAUGUUGGACAUUUGGUAUGAAAUUGACUUUUGAAGCAGCCAAUGAUUGUUUUUAUAACUCUGUACAUAAAGACCAGUGCAAAACAUUGCUCUCUUCCAUAUCCUGUUUUAUAUAAAAUUGCAUUGAACUUGUCUACAAUAAAUGUUGAUCAUGUCUUCAUAUAGUACUAGAAUUAAGUUGAUGUAUUACAUUUUUAAUUUAAGCAUUAACUGUAGUGAAUCAUUACUCAGCAGGGGUGGAUUAUUCUGAAGUCUGAACUUCAAGCAUCUGUUAGACAUAUUAUUUACUUCAACCAUCUUCAGGAUGGACGUUCUGCUCCAAAUUCAAAACAUACUGUGAUACCUCCAUCUAAAAAAGCUUGUUGAGUCUCUUUUUAUGGAUGCACUUUAUCAGCAUCCAGCAUUUUUAUUUACAAACUGCAUAAAAAACACAAGCUUAUUAAAUUUGUUUGCUGUCAUAAAUAUUUAUUUAGGUUUUUUACAUCAUAACUUCACUUCUCUUUUGUUUUACUUUUAAUCAAGAGUCAGAUUUUAUCCCAGGCAUGAGGUGAACUAUAGGUUUUUAAAACUAAUUUCACUUCUCUUUUGUUUUACUUUUAACCAAGAGUCAGGUUUUAUCCCAGGCACAAGUUGAACUAAUGAACUGAAAUAAGAUCAAGCAUUACUUUAGGCAACAUUCAGUUUCUAUGUUUAUUAGAGUGAAAGGAACCCAGUCUCAUCACAAGUACUAUUUUUAUGCCCAAAAAGUUAUUUACUCAUUUUGUCAAAUGAAAGUGUAGGUACAGAUGUUGAAAGUUAAUAAAAAGUAGCUCAUGGUUGUGUACUUAAACCAACUUAUCAAGUGACCCAAGUAGUUAGAUUUUGGGUUUUUGACUCUAUUUGCAAGGGAGAGUAAAAAUUGUGCCUAUUCUAUUAUAGAACAACAGAAAAGUUAUCAUGUAGAGUUACACCCUGUACCAAAGUCUUAUUGCUCAGAAUUGUUUUAACAGUGACAUGAUAGUUUAAUUCUAACUACUAUGAAAAAUCCAUACCAUCAAAUUUUGCUUGGCAUUCAUUAUCACUUAUAACAUCAAUUUGGUUGUAUUAAUUUUAAAUGUUUAGAAAUAAUUUUUAAUCAUGCCUCUGUAAAGUUGUCAAAUUGGCUCUUUUUUGUCUUGCCCAAUUUUGUUUUGAAAUUGUCAAUUUGGCAUAUGCUUUUCAACAGCUUAAGCACUUUCUUUCUUCUUGACAGAUGUUUUUGUGGUUUUAUUUUGUCAUGUUGCUUUUUAUCGUUAAAUAAUGUUAUCUUGGACAAUUAUGAUGCUGCAUUUAGUCACACAAAACAUGAAAUGUUUUAUUAUAAGGUCUCUAUUCUUAUAAAAUUUUGAUUUUGAUGAGUUCAUACAUUAAAUGAUUAAAUGGCAUGAGAGAAUGGAUUAACUUGCCUAUAAGAGCACAUUUUGAUAACUGUUAGACCUUCCUUAGAAACACUAGUCUUUGUAUUGCAUGGGCUAGCUUGAUAAUUUUAAAAUAUUUUUACCACUAAAUUUGUACAUUUUGUAUAUAGUCGCCAAUUGUCAUCCCAGAAUGUGAUAAUUUAAUAUUCAUUUUAUCAUAGUUUAUGUUCUAAAGUAAAAUUCAUUUAUACCUUUGACAGCAAGAUAUAGUUUUAUGUAAAAGUAGCUUACUGAAAGUUUCUUUUUAUUAAAAUCUUUUAUUUAUUUAUUUUUUAGAAGUAUUGAUGAAAUCUGACAAUAGGGAUAGAUAGGUUGAUGUGUUUGAUGGUUACUUUAUGUGAAACCUUGCUUUUAAACCUACCAGGUGCAAUUGAAUUGUAGACACUCCAUUGUCUUAUUUGGAUAUUUUAAGCACAUAAUCUUUACAUGGGGUUAUAAUAAAUUGUCUUUGUACAAAAGGAAUAAAUAAAUAAAAUGAAAUAAAGUGCUAUUAUGUUGA